CUACAUAUGCAGAUGAUAAUUCAUAUUUACUGUUUGAGGCAUUUCUUUUAUGGGCCCUUGGGCAUGACACAUGUAUAUCUUCAUAUACAACUUGUUUGUUAUUUGGUAUUCGGUUUUUUGUCUGUUGUGUUGUAACCUUUUCAUCUCAUUUCAUUGUUACUUCAGAAAUUCAUUGGUGGAAGUUUAGUUUUUACGUGUCAUGUUGGAACUUAUACGUCUUGUUCCAUUAUUGUAAUAUGGUUAUCACAGUAUUUUAUAUUUGAACUCUGUCCAUGUACUAAUUCACAUUGAACAUUGACACUUGGUAUAUUUGCCUCUGAUACACAGUUGUUCCUGUAUACUGAUUUUCUUGUGUUAGUAACCUUUCAGUUUGGUAGAAGUCCCAGAAGAGAAGAAGACUAAAUUUCCAUGAUAGAACUACUCUGGAUUGUUAAUGUAUUCAUAGACUUUCUCUGUGAUGUUAAUUGAAUUUAUAUAGAGUACACCUCUAGAAGGAUGACAUUUAUGUCAGUGUUGUUUUGCCUUCGUGUCUUUGCUUUCAGCCAUGUAUCUUGCACAAAGGCUCCACAGGUAUCUUUGACCACUUCUCAUGAUGAUUUUGAAGUUACAUUCAAUUAGCAACUGUGUUAUAAAGUUGCCUUCUUUUAUUAUGUCGAUUUUCUUCUGUUUAAAGGUGAGAGAUGUGUGGACAAGUGAAGGUGGCACUGAAAAUUGAGAGUGAUGAAGAUCGUUUUGUCCUGCAGCUAAGACUCUGAUAGUUGUCUCAUUGGACUUCUGUAUUAGGCUGGCUGUGAGCAAGCAGUUUCAUUGAAGAUCAAAGGCCAAACUCUUUCCGGUCUACUUGUCACGCCACUGGAGAAGUACAAGCGGCGAGGUAAAAGCAAGGAGAGAUAUAUAACGAGAGAAGAGGAAGUGCGAUCAGUGCCGUACACGUGCAGUCACAGCGGUGCUUUGAAAGCCGCGCGUGCGUUUGACCGUGAUCAGUAAAAGAGACCCGUUCCCACACGUCCAGUUCUUCUUGCCUUCCUCUUCUUUUUCCCUCUUUCCUACCCCCUCCUCUUCGGAUAACGAUGGCGAUGGCUCUGAGAAACCUCGCCCUUUCUUCGCCCCUCGUCGCCUUCCUCUCCUUCUUCUUCUAAGGAUCAUCGAUCGAUUUCAAGGGCGGCGAGAUGGAGACAGAGAGCGAGAGGAUGGCGACAAACGGAGAGGACGCGGAGCCGGAGGCCCGGCCGCAGCCGUCUCAUCCUCGUCCGCUGCGGCGGACGGGCGAUUUCUUGGGGAAGCAUCGCUUGUCGGCCGCCAUCUCCCGGCUCAACCAAGAGAUCCAGUACCUCCAGGCUGAACUAGAUGAAAUUGAAACAAUGAAGCCGUCUUCUGAAGCAUGCAAGGCAGUUGUCUUGAGCACGGAAGGCAAAUCUGAUGCCCUCCUUCCAGUUACACCAGGUCCCGAAAAUCCAGCCUGGCACCGGUGGUUCCAACGUGUCCCAAGCUCUCAUAGUCGUAAAUGGUGGACACACAAAGGUUCUGAUGUUUCUUAAAAAUGGUUUCUGAUGACUUUUUGAUGAGCAUAAUAUACAGAUGCUACCAACUAAAGGUGGUUUUGAAGUGUCAUCGGUCUUAUGUUGUUUGAUCAGUUCACCCUCUAAAAGCAGUAGCUACAAUUGCAUGGUUGGAAUAUUAUCUGCUCAUUGUGCAUGUUGUUGUGCACAUAGUGUUAUCGUUGAUGACAAAACAUAUUGGCAUGGCACUGAUAUUAAUUCGAAGACAUUUUGGUUUCUUA